UGGAUAUUGAAGGGCGCCAUAUUGAAAUUGAUUGAGAAAGGUGCAGGUGCAUCGAUUUUCGUAAAGAAAUGCUCAUUUUAUAUGAUAUGUGAUGGAAAGCGUUCAGGCACGGCAACGUGGUGCCCUGGACUAUGAAGGCUACUACAAACAGCUGUGUGCCCUGCAGGACACGUGCCCUUUGACCUGUGUCAAAGUUCACCUGGCCCAGGGGGUCCUGGACUUGAAUGGGGACCGGAUUCGUUCGCCGGACUGGGCGCCGGUUCUCAAUGCCCUGCGGAUCAACAAGAGCCUGAGAUUUGUUGGAGUCCGGAGUUACUAUCAGCAGGCUAAUGGCAUUGAAGAUUCUAAAGAUGGUAAAUUGCGGUCGCGAGUCAAACGUCGGCCACCUCCGGUACGCUCCAAGGAUGUCACCUACCGUCUGUGCGUGGCCCUGGCCGAGAUGUUGUCUGUGUCACAGGCGCUGAGCCACAUUGAGCUGCAUGGAGUUCCUUUAAGAAACAAAGAUGUUCAGCUGAUUGCAAAGGGGAUAGUAAAGAACAGCAGUCUGCAGCAUUUGUCCCUGGAGUCCUGUCGCAUCGGUGACCGCGGAGUGGAGAAGCUCUGUCAGGGCAUCAAGCACUCGCCAGGCAUCACAUCGCUCAACUUCUCAGCCUGUGGGCUGAGCAGUCAGGGGGCUGAGUCUCUAGCCAAGCUGGUCAAACACCAGUCAACACAGCGACACAGCGAAGCAUGGAAGGACAGUCUGAGGUAUCGGCGGCCAGAUCUGGACCGCAUGGCUGGUAUCCGGCGUAUCACCCUCAACCACAAUCCACUCGUCAAUGAUGAGGGAGCAGCCGCAUUCGCUGAGGCCUUGAAAGACGACCUGUGGCUUAAAGCGCUUGACAUGCAGCAGUGUGGCAUAUCCAACCUAGGAGCCAAAUCAUUACUGGAUGGCCUACAUCAGAACUCCUCCAUUGUGGUUCUCGACAUCAGGAAAAAUCAUCUUGUUGAUCGUGACUUACUGAAAGCGGUGAUGGAACAAGUCUUAAUAAACGCAGGCGGAGACGAAAAUGAGUACAAAUGGCUCCGAGCAAAUAGCAGUCGGGAGCACGACCCCCACGGUGGUAAACAGCGACGACGGACCAGGACACUCAACAGUAGUUUUGGUCGCAAGACCACCAUUCGUGUGGCCAGCGGGCCCUCCUCAGCGCCCCACCGCUCCCGGACAAAGUCCAGCGGGGAUGGUAUUUCGGUCCACGUGACGAGGAUGAAUAGGGUUGAACCAGACGUUGUGGUUCCGGCAGUCAUGAAGCCAGGACCAGGGUUUGUGCCCUGGAGGACCGCUGCCAGGGCUAGCCAAAGAAGGGUCCAACCAGACGAGCAGCCAACUCCAGCAGACUCCAGCCCCAGCUCAACGCCGAGCAAGUCUGCAGCGUCUAUCCACGUUCAUGCAGCAAGCACGCUGUCGUCUGGAGAGCUAGACACCAGCAGCAAAGACACGGGAACACCGGGGACUAUGAUGUCUAGCAUGAGAGACGUGGAGGAUGAGAGGGGCGUGGCUAAUCAGAGAAUGAGGCGGGAGAUGCAGAUUGAGGUAGAGGAGCUGCACCGCCGACUGUACAUCGAGAGCCGAGCGAGGGCAGCAGCCGACGGGCGCAUUGUCGAGCUGGAAGUUGCCAACAGCCGGCUCCGUCACCAGGUCCAGCUGCUGGAAGCGCGCUCACCGACGUCCCCGCUGCGGGGCACCAGGAUGGACCGGCCCCCGCCAGGCCAGCUAGAGGACGAGAGCAUACUGGACAGCAUUGAAGAAUCCUUUGCCAAGUUCCAUGGGUUUCUGGACUUACUGAGAGAGGCUGGUCUUGGUCAACUCUGCACCCUGGUUGGAACCAGCCCAGAUGAGAUACGCAACCCUCAUGUCAGGUCAAUCUUACAGAAACACCAGCCGACAGUCUCACCCCAGUACCCACCGGGGCUAGCACCUCAAGUGUCUUACCCUGCACCCCAACCACCCUACCGGGAACCCCAAGCCCCGUAUGAGCCCGGAGUACCACAACAGUCUUUGGAGGAGAACCCGGUGACAAGUAUCGCUGACAUUAAUCCAGAGUCCAGACAGGUUUAUGUGCAUGCUCCACUCGUGUCCCAGCAAGAGCAGAACGGUCCUAGUCAGUCUGGCAUCAAGCGUGUUCAGACUGGAGUCAGCAAUUUACCGACAGUGGAUUCCAGACCUGUGGUUCUUCAUCAUCCCCUGUCCGAGCCGGUGGAUCAUACCACAGAGGCUCAGCCAGUUGCCAACGGACGAACGCAAACUCAACAGAAGACGGGAGGCGAUGUCGAGAAAGAGCACCAAACAACUUUUGACGGGGACCUGAAGAGGCCCCACAUUGAGUUCACCAACAACGUUGCCAGUUCGUCAGGCGAUGCUGGGAUUCAGAGACAGAUGGAGGAACCGAUUGCAGGUGGUGAAAGGAUUGGCGUCAAAGAUCCUGGAAUUCCUGAACCAAAAGCUGAAGUGGAUACAAAGCAAGCCAUUGACAAGCCAUCACAGCAUUCCGACCAAGAGCUUUCAGGUCAUAGUUCAGCAAAUAGUCACAGCCACAGUCACAGCCUCAGCCACAGCCACAGGACAUCCACACCGGUCAGAAGCAAGGACACCCCACCAGGAUCCGAUCAUCCCGCUUCUGCCACCUAUUCCAUCGACGAGGACCAUGAGAGUCUGGGCUCAUCAGUGCUGGAGGAAUUGGACAGGUCUGAUGAGGACUUGUUCAUGGAUCUACCAACGCCUACCAAGAAAGCAGGGAGCAGUAAGCCGGGUAACAACAAUGAUAAAGGUUUCAGGGGAGAUGAUGAAUAUAGCAGCGAUGAAGAUUUCUAG